AUGCGACAUGAAGUGAGGACACCGGAGAGACCAGAGGACAAAGCAUCAGAAGGAACAGAUGGGAACUCAUCGAACAACAGCGGCCCCAGCGACAAUGAAGAUGCUGAGUACUUGGCUCAAGGCUACACUCUGUUGAACACAAAUCUUGAUUCCACGUCUUCAGAUAUCAGUGACGAAGACUCUGCUCCAGAGCAGGUCAGAAGACCAUCGGUAACCGACACUGGUGUGCUCGAGACGGAAAACAGUCUGGAUAUUGAAAUGGCUGCUUCACAUUCCGUCUCUUCCACUCCCGCGCCCACGUUAGACUCCGAGCUGUAUCGAAUUCUUGAGAUCGAUAAAAUGUAUGGACGCUUUCCAGCCCAGGCUGCUAAAAAAAAUAACGCGGAGCGCAUACUGCACUUACCUGCGCAUGACUCACCCGUACCUUCUGAGAAGAAGAAGAAGAAGAAGAAGAAGAAGAAGGAGGAGGAGGAGGAGGAGGAUCGAACAUUGGAAUCAUAA